AGCUAAGCUGUGAGUCGCUUGUAGAAGAAGUGCGUCGUGGAGUAGAUAAUUUUGUGCUGAAUACGUUGCGUAUAGAUCAAAAGAAUGGUCGAGCUAGAAGGUGCCGUGUUGAUAGGGUCAGGGGAUUGUGACAAGUACUCAAAGAUUAAUAUCAUUCAUCCAGAGUUUAUUGUUGGUAGCUCCGAAUCUUCAUCGUUUGUCAUCGACAGCGGUUUUGUUUCAAAAACUCAAUGCAUUUUUAGGAAGACAAAUGGAACAUGGACAGUGUGUGAUAAAAGUACGUGUGGAACAUAUGUGAACGGUGAGAAGCUGAAGAAAGAUAGACCAACUACAUUAAGAGAUGGCGAUGAGGUUGCAUUUGGCACUGCUAAUAAUUUUAGGUACAUUUUUUACACGAAAGAUAUCUCCACAAAUCCUUUGAAGACAAUAAGGGUGGAUGGGGAAGUUACUUUAGAAGAAGAGGGAUUGCAGAAGCAGAUGAAGGAAACGAAAACAAAGGAAAACCCAGAACAGCAAGAGAUGAUGGACCAUCAGGAGAAAUUAGACGCACAGGAAAAACUGCUACAAGAGGAAAAAUUGGAGGAAAUGAAAACUCUACUCAAAGAAAAACAAAGGACUCAAGAAUUGUUGUGCAAAAAGUUACAGGAGAAGGAAGUACAAAUGUUGCAAGAUUUGAAACGGCUUCAGGAAGAGAAGGAUGAACAGACCCUAGACCGGCUGGAAGAACUUUGUAAAGAAGUUGCAGAGAUUGAAGAUGAUAUUCAAAUUUUGCUAGAGAGAAUGGAGGUCAUGCAGAAAGACGAAAUGGAAAUAGAGAUAGAACUCGCUAAGAAGAAGUUAGAAUUAACUAAUAAGUUGAAAGCAAUGCAGGAGAUAAUUCAGAAAGUAAAAAGAGGUGCGUUUAAUACUGAAGGAAAGAAGCAGUAUCUUGAACAAGAACUGGAUAAAAUAAGGAAGGCCGAAAACGAUGCACCAGAAUCGUUCCUUAAAGCAAAGCAGGAGGUGCUAGAUAAAUUUGAAGAGCCGAUAGAAACAGAAUUUCAAUGUAGUAUCUGCCGUGAACUUCUUGUUAUGGCGACAAUACUGAACUGCGGCCACACUUGCUGCCGCUCUUGCAUUGUAAAAUGGAUGGAAGAGAAGAACAAUUGUCCCAUCUGUCGAACAUCUAUCACAUCUCAAUUUAGAUCCAGUGUCAUGGAUAAUAUUAUAAACUCAUGGUUGGAAAUUAAACGGUUGAGAUGAAGAACCUGGGGCAAGAGGUCCUUGAAGAAAGGCAACGUAUGAGUACCUAUAGUCAGAAACAUGCAUUGUCUUAGAUGUCUGGAAGAUUUUAGUGAAAUUUGGUUUUUCUCCUCCUGAGAAAAGAUGUGGAAUUGCUUCUAAAAUUUUGUUAACAUAUUUGUUCCUUUGUAUCCUACGGUAAGCUCAAAUCAAGUGUUAUGUAUUAAUACGGUAUGUUCUAAAAUAAUUUAAUUUAGAAUGAAAUGCUCUGGAAUGCAUAUCUGGUAUUUAAUUCAUUGUCUUUCCAAUUUGAAACAUAAGAUGAAGAAUAAAAUAUGAAGAACUUCAAUAGCUGAGCAACUAUCAGCUUUGCAAGGACUCAGCUUCAUGGAGUGACUCAGAAGCUAUAAGUGAUUUAAAAUAGAAAGUUAACAAAUAUUCCUGCAAAGUCAACAGUAACAUUCAUAACAUAAAGGGAAUACACAAAAGAAUGGAGCGGUUUCAAAAGUCAAUAUAACAUUUAUUUCUCACCUUACACGGGCACAACAUACAACGUCAGCGGCGGCGACUGUCCAAAUUUAUAAUGCGUUAAUUACAAUCCUUCAAUGAGUGCACCCUGGGUCACACGACAUACAUCCACACGGUAAUCAAACUCAUCCCAGACCCGGUGUAGCAUGUCCGCUGUAAUGGCCUGCAGUGCAUGCGUUAUCCGAUCACGAAGUUCAUGGAUGGACGUGGGCAAUGGUGGUACAUAAACGCUGUCUUUAACGAACCCCCGAAGAAAGAAAUCGCACGGUGUAAGAUCUGGCGAACGGGGUGGCUAAGGGAGAAGGUUGUUGUCUCCAUUUGCAGCAGCACGUCCGAUCCAGAACUGUGGAAAAACACUAUUGAGAACCACUCGUACAUUCCUGUGAAAAUGGGGGUAGGGGGAGCUCCGUCCAGUUGUAGAAUGUAAUCGUCAUAAUUGGUAUUCAGUUGGGGUAACAACCAGCUUUCCAACAUGUCCAAAAAUGAGUCACCAGUCACACUUGCUUCAGCGAAGAAAAAUGGGCCAUGCACUUUCUCGCGGGACACCGCACAGAAAAACGUUGGUUUUUCUAGAGUCACGCUGGUGCUCUAUCUGUGCAUGUGGUUGCUCGGUUCCCCAGAUACGGACAUUGUGUCUGUUUACCUUGCCACUGAUGUGCAAUGUGGCUUCAUCGGAGAAGAUCGGUCUUUCUACGAACCCAUCUUCCUCAAUUUUCAACUGCAUCUCGCAAAAGUCAUGCCUUUUCACUUUGUCUGAUGGUUUAAGGGCCUGCACCAAUCGCAUCUUGUACGGUUUAAAACAUAGCCACUUCCACACCGUCAUUUUUGGCAUGCCCAAUUCCCUUCUUCCUCUAGCCACUGACUUGCGGGGACUUCGCUGAAACGCCUCACGCAAUCUUUCAAUGUUGUCAUCAGUCAUACGAGGUCGACCAGGACUGUUGCCUUUACACAAGCAUCCAGUUUCUACAAAUUGUCGGUAUCACCUGCUUAUGUUAUUCUUGUGUGGUGCGUCUUUUUGAAACCGUGCGCGAAAGUCACGCUGCACUGUAAACACAGAUCUGGACACCUCAAAACGGAGCGCACAGAAAGCCUUCUCCUGCUGCAACGCCAUCUUUGAAACUGGCCCCACGCGCACGCUGUAAGCAUGAGAAGCGAACUGCUGGUAGCGCAUGAGACACUUGGACAGUUGCCACCGCUGACGGUGGAUGGUGUGCCCGUGUAAGGUGAGAAAUAUUUUUUUAUAAACUUUUGAAACCGCACCAUUCGUUUGUAUAUAACCUGUGUAUAAUGGCAAAAUUUACCAUUGUGAGACAGAACAAAAUAAAUUAAAAUUAUGUAUUGAUCUGCCCAGUGGAACUGUAACAAGAGCCAGGCAGUGCUCAAAAUCAACAAGAAAACAACAUAUAUCUUGAACCAAAAUGUAAAUUUAAUGUACUUUCGUAACUACACACAAUUGAACAUUAACAUGGUGGAAUAAAACAGCGUAUUUCCAGUCUAA